AUGAUUCGUAUCAAACAGGAUCCUGAUGCAUUGGAUUUAACCAACCGAUCACGACACCUUGUUUCGCCAACAAGUGAGCACGAAGAUGAUGAAGAAGAGAAUUUCUCUGCUGAAGAUGACACUCAUGAAUGCAUUCCAAAGAAAACAACAUAUGAUAGCGGUUUUGUUGAUACAAGCGAUGAAAAUAAUAGUUCAAUUAUGGUUAAACAAGAACAAAAUAAUCAUCAUAAUCAUCAUCAUUAUCAUAGUACUCCGCUUCGACCUCAACAAAUACAUUCACAUAUUCGUCAUCCGAGUACAAGUAGUAGCACAUGUUCAUCACCAACACGUCAAGAACAAUCAAAUGAUAAAGAAUGUCGAAAUACACGAUUUUUGGGCAGUCGAGCUGUCGCUGUUUUAAAUCAAUGGUUUCAAUUGAACAGAGAAUAUCCAUAUCCAGAUGAUGAUCGAACCGAACGAUUGGCUAAUGAAGCAGGCAUAACUCAAAAACAAGUUAAAAAAUGGUUUGCAAACAAACGUGUCCGCAGUCAAAUGUGUUACAAACCGUUAUAUCGAUCUCGAAAACCUCGAAACUCAGCUCCUAUUCCAGAACGUCAAACACAAACCAAUUAUAAUUAUAUUAUCAAUCACAAUAAUAUCGGAACACCGGCACCAAGUUUUCCACCGGCAAAUCCAAUGCUAUUCAAUCCAAUGGCGACAUCAAUGAUGAUGUUUAUGAUGCAACAACAUUUUCUAUCUACAAUGAUGACUGCUGGACAUCCUCAACCACAGAUCGCACCUCCACCGACGACAAAUCCAACACCAGCGACGACGACGACGACGACGACACAAAAAACGAAUCCUGAUCGAAUCACUCGUUUUUGGUUAUAA